AUGAGGAGCACCCUGGCGUCAGCUGUGUGCAUUAGUGUCAUGCUGGCUAUGGUGGGCUCAGAGACGCAGUAUUCUGAUUUCCAUCUGCCUGGGGAUUACCUGCUCGGGGGGCUUUUCUCGCUGCAUGCUGAAACUAUGAGCAGCCCCCAUCUCAGCCACUCGGUGGUGCCCACGUGUCAAGCGUACAAACUGAAGAUCUCAGGCUACAGCUACCUCCGGGCCAUGAGGUUCGCAGUGGAACAGAUCAACAAUUCCAGUACCCUGCUGCCUGGUGUCUCCCUAGGCUACGAGAUGGUCGACGUCUGUUACUUCACCAACUCCAUUCACCCCAUCUUGUAUUUCCUCUCCAACCAGCACGCUGUGGUGCCGCUGCACAGUAACUACACUCACUAUCUCCCACGGGUGCUGGCUGUCAUCGGCCCAGACUCCUCACAGGCAGCUGUCACAGUGGCCCACAUAUUGAGCCUCUUUCUCGUGCCACAGAUCUCUUACACAGCCACCACGGACACUCUGAACAGCCAUGAAACCUUCCCCGCAGUCUUCCGCGCCACCUCCGGCAUGGAGCAGCAGAUCGUGGCCAUGCUGCUCCUGCUGAGGAAGUUCAAGUGGAACUGGAUUAACGUUCUGUACAGCGACGAUGAUUACGGGCGGCAGAACCUGAAGCUCCUGAGGGCCCGGGCCAGGGGGAUCUGCGUGGCCUUGCAGGACAUCAUCCCCGUGCCCCGCAGCAGCCAGCUGCUCCCGCAAGACUUGGAAGUGAAGAUCCAGGCCAUUGUCCGCAACGUCAUCGCCAGCACGGCCAACGUGGUCAUCGUCCUGUCCUUGGAGAUGACGCUGCCGUUCUUCUUCCAAGAAGCCAUCCGCCAGAAUGCCUCGGACUUGGUGUGGAUCGCCAGCGAAGCCUGGGCCAUUGAGCCUACCCUGCACAACAUCACUGACAUCAGGAGGGUGGGCACCAUCCUGGGGGUGGCUGCAAAAGAAUUCUCCAUCCCUGGCUUCGGCGACUUCAGGGUCGGCCAGGCAAAAGGAACCAAUUGGCAGCCGGGGGACCAAAACACGUGCAACCAGGAGUGUGACCAGUGCAUCAGAGCUGCCCGAGCUGCAGACCAGAGUCUGAGAGCCCAAGGCGAGCGAAUAGACUUCAAUGUCUACUCUUCCGUCUACAUUGUGGCUCUUCCUUUACACAGACUGCUGGGCUGCAACGCCACCGGAUGUCACAAGCGGCCAGUUUACCCCUGGCCGCUAGCCCCAGAGGUGAGUCGCGUGAACUUCUCUCUGCUGGAGAAGAGGAUCAACUUUGGAGAGAAAGGCGACACUCCAAACGGCUUCGAGAUCAUCCAGUGGCAAUGGGACCAACCCAACUCCCCUUUUAAGAAAAUUGCCUCUUACAGCACAAAGAACCGGCAGAUGCAGUUCGUUACGUCGAACAUCUCCUGGCACACCCCAAACAACACGGUCCCGAUUUCAGUCUGUUCCCAGGCAUGUGCUUUUGGGCAGCGGAGGAAGCCCAGAGGUGGGAGCAGCUGCUGUUUUGAGUGUAUCGAUUGCAAAGCAGGGACUUUCCUCAACGAGAGCGCCGAUCCAUAUAACUGCCAGCCUUGUCCAACUGAUCAGUGGUCCAAGACCAACAGUGAAGAGUGCAACCCGAGGCUGGUGAAAUAUCUGGAAUGGAAGGAAGGCACCACCGUGAUGCUGAUGCUAUUUUCAGUGCUUGGCUUCAUAGCUACUCUCGUAAUCCUGGUGACCUUUGCCGUUCAUUCGCACACCCCUGUGGUGAAGUCGGCAGGAGGCAACAUGUGCUUCCUCAUGGUGGGGUCUCUGAUCGUCGGUUUUGUCAGCAUCCCCAUGUUCUUUGGAAUCCCGACGGAGUUCAAGUGCGUGUGCCGGCAAACUGUGUUCAGCUUCUGCUUCACCGUGUGCAUCUCCUGCAUCACGGUCAGGUCCUUCCAGAUCAUCAGCAUUUUCAAGAUGGCUGCCCGGCUGCCCAAAGUCUACAACUACUGGAUAAAGUACAAUGGGCAGUACACUUUUAUAGCUGCAAUCUUAGCUCUGAAAGUCUCCAUCAUGGUGGCCAACAUGAUCAUCCACCCUCCUGCUCCGGUUCAGUUAUACCUGGAGGAAGACCCCUGGAUAGUAGUGCUGGAGUGCAACAAGAGCUACAAGUUGGCCUUGCUAAUUAACAGCAUGCUAGAUAUGUUUCUCUCUAUUCUGUGCUUCUAUUUUGCCUACAUGGGGAAGGAGCUUCCCAAGAACUACAACGAAGCCAAGUACAUCACACUGUGCAUGGCCUGCUAUUCCAUCACCUGGCUUUCCCUUCUCCUGGUCAUGUCCCUGUACAGAGGGGUGCUGGUGACCAUCUUUGAUGCGGUGGGUAUGCUAAUCAAUUUGUUUGGGAUCUCCAUGGGUUACUUUGGUCCCAAGUGUUAUGUGAUAUUUUUCCAUCCAGAACGCAACACGGCUGCUUACUUUCAAACUGCCAUCCAGAGCUACACCAUGAGGCAGAAUUAA